GGAGGAAUUCAAUUUUUAAUUAAGUAGACCUGUUCUCGUAAUAUAUGUCUUUACCCAAUAAAGUGUCAACUUUGAGGUGUAAUGAUUCUGGCUCACCUGAAAGUCUUUGUACUGUGUUGGUUAAAUUGCAUCUUUGUUAUUCAACUCAGAGGGGUCACUUUUAUUAAUAUCCUUGGAUUCGGGUUCUUUGUUUCCAAGUUGAAGUAAAUUAUCUUCUAAAAAAAAAGUAAAUUGGAAAUUAUUAUUGAUAUCUGAUUGCCCUUACUCUGCUUGUUAUACAACUUCCUUUUUGUUGUUCUUCAUAUGAUGGAGCUCAUAUUAGGAUCCUCGAAAGCUUGAAUUUAGGGCAAAUGAAUUAUUCUUGUUUGUGCGUAAGCUCUUAUUAAGAGGUUGAAGUCUUAAAAGUUCUGUAAUCUUUCUUGUGCCUGUUCAACUGUUCCAUGCUCCAAAAUCUUCUAUUUGAUUUCUGUAUUCAGACAACGGAUCUGCAUCUCCUACUAAUUUUCUCAACUAUUGCCAUGAUUUUUAUGAUAGCAUCUCUUUUACUCCUCGAAUUGCCCUCUGUUGUCAUUUCAGGAAGCCUUGCUCAGGGUAUAAACUAAAAGAGAUGACAGGUAGUGGCAUAUUUUCCGAUGGUAAUAAUGCAUCUGAAUCUGAUGCUACCAAUAGGACAGGUCUGCGCAUUUAUCAGCAAGCAGUGAAUGGAAUUAGCCAAAUAUCAUUUAGUGCUGAUGGUAGAAUUUCCCCGAAGAAACCUACCUCUAUCCCUGAGGUGGCAAAGCAACGAGAGUUAAGUGGGACACUGCAAACUGACUCGGACUCAAAGAAUAAGAAGCAAAUAUCAAAUGCGAAGAUCAAAGAGAUCAGUGGACAUGACAUUUUUGGUCCCCCUCCAGAAAUUCAGCCUCGAUCAGCAACUAUUACACGCUCUCUGGAAUCAAAAGAAAGCAAAGAUAUGGGUGAACCUGCACCUCGGAACAUACGCACAUCUGUCAAAGUUUCUAAUCCUGCUGGAGGUCAGAGCAAUAUCCUUUUCAGCGAAGAACCUGUUGUCAAGACAACAAAGAAAAUACAUAACCAGAAAUUUGCAGAGUUAACAGGCAACAAUAUCUUCAAAGGAGAUGUUCCUCCAGGUUCUGCUGAAAAGCCUCUGAGCUCUGCAAAACUGAAAGAAAUGAGCGGCAAUGACAUUUUUGCCGAUGGGAAAGCGGCAUCUCGUGACUAUUUUGGAGGUGUACGAAAGCCCCCUGGUGGUGAAAGCAGCAUAGCCUUGGUUUAACUUCCCAAACAAUUUUUAACUCUAUUCUUCUGCACUACUAUCAGUAAAAGACUCUUUACGUGUAUCCAUCCCACUAUUGUCUGUGUGUUUGACUGUUGAAGGAUCCUUCGGCUCGAGAACGAUCAGCAUCGGGCAGAGAAGAGACACUUUGUUGUUUUCCACAGUUGGUGUUGGUUGAUAUAAUUUAGAUCAAGAAUCAAGAUGUUCAGAGUUAAUGCUAAUUUGAGCUGCGAUUUCAACAACUUUGUGGUUGAUCAGUUUCUAAUGUAGCAUGUGUUCAGUCUGACAUUAUCUAGUUUAGGACCCGAUGAACAGGAGAUUGAAUAAUUCCUUCUUUUUCUUUCUCAAAAACAUGUUAGCAGAUUUGAAUGAUCUCUCUCUUCUUGUUGA